GUGUGUUUGUUGGAGGUGAGAUAGCACCGUCCAUAACGCCAUAAAAGGACAGCAAAGGUAUAUGGAUUUUAAUAGACGUUUCUAGGUGUGAAAGAGAAGCAUUGUCCUCCCAAGCUUCAGAAUCCAGCUGGCUCGUUCGAUUUUUUAAUGGAGUGCAAAGUGGUGGAAAAUAUCUACCUUCUGGUCAUCAUCACGCUCAUUAGUGUUCUUCAGAAUGUAUUUUUUGCUCAAAAGGUUGAAAGGGAAGGCAAGAACCGUGACAUAAACACAUCUGCCUUUAACCGAGUGUCUUGUGCAAACCGGAACUGCAUGGACGCUUAUCCCACUUUCCUGGCAGUGAUGUGGUGUGCUGGAGUUUGUCUCAGUCAAGCUCCUGCUGCUUUUGCUGGGAUCAUCUACCUUCUUGUCAGGCAGAAGUACUUCAUCGGGUAUCUGGGACAGAGCUCUCAAAGCACUCCUGGGUACCUGUUUGGAAAACGCAUCAUCUUCUUCCUGUCCCUGAUGUGCAUCGUGGGCAUCUUCAACUACCUGCUGUGGCGCUUCUACGGCAGCGACUACAAGGAAUACGUAGAAACCAUCACAAGCGCCGCAUCUGCUCUCCUGCUCCUCCCUUAGUUCUGCAUAUUACAUACAUUGAAGAACACAAGUAUUGAACACAUCAGUGUUUUUAACAGUAAAUAUAUUUAAUCUCUA